AUGGGGGAAGCCCCGGGCACACAAGAGUCCCCGACCGCUUCCCCCCGAGAGCCCACCACCCCGAAACGACCGCCCAAACGACCGAGGCCAGAAACCCCGAAGAAAGCUAUAGAGCCCCCUGUUAUCCCUCAGAACAUGCCAUGGACUGGACAAUUCAAUCAAAAUACGCCUCCCGAAUCCCCUCCCCACGGAUCCCCCCAAAGCCAACUCGACCUGGAGCUCCAAAGCCACAUCACAGCAGCAGUGGCUUCGCGCACAGCACAGAUAAAGACUACAGGAGAUGAAGUAAUGGAGUUCGUCUCUAUGGUUAACCUGAAAAUCACCAAUUGGGAAGAGAGGAGCCUUCAAGGAGCUGCCUCCUUGGGCAAGGACAUCAGAACCUGGUCCUCAACUUCAGCUCGAACCUAGCGACGGGACUCCCUGCCAAAGCAGAUAACCACCUAUCCCCUUCCUCUAAGCACAAUGGCUAUGCCGAAGCUGCUAGAGCCUCACCCGGUGCCCCCAAGGCACCACUCAAGAUAC